AGCCUGUGCCAGCAGUGAGACAGAGAGUGAAGCUGGAGACAUCAUGGACCAGCAAUUCGAAGAGAUGAACAACAAGCUGAACUCAGUUACAGACCCCACUGGCUUUCUGCGGAUGGUUCGCCGCAAUAACCUCUUUAAUAGGAGCUGCCAAAGCAUGACAAGCUUAUUCAGUAACACAAUGUCACCGAUCAAGGAUGGGACCUCCUCUCUUCCCAGGAGGCAGAGCUCGUUUGCCAAACCCCCGCUCCGUGCCCUGUAUGACCUGCUCAUAGCGCCCAUGGAAGGGGGCCUGAUGCACUCCAGUGGCCCCGUGGGCCGGCACCGGCAGCUGGUCCUGGUUCUGGAGGGGGAGCUCUACCUCAUCCCCUUCGCCCUUCUGAAGGGCAGCUCCUCCAACGAGUACCUGUAUGAGCGCUUCGCCCUCAUCGCCGUGCCCUCCAUCCGCUCCCUCGGCCCGCACUCCAAGCCUCAUCUGAGGAAGAAUCCACCUGCGUACUCCAGUUCCACAUCCAUGGCGGCUGUCAUCGGUAACCCCAAGCUCCCAUCAGCUGUGAUGGACAGGUGGCUGUGGGGGCCAAUGCCGUCGGCCGAGGAGGAAGCCUACAUGGUGUCGGAGCUGCUGGGCUGCCAGCCGCUGGUGGGCAGUGUGGCCACCAAGGAGAGGGUCAUGAGUGCCCUGACCCAGGCUGAGUGUGUCCACUUUGCCACCCACAUCUCCUGGAAACUGUCAGCCUUGGUCCUUACACCCAGCAUGGAUGGCAACCCUGCCAGCAGCAAGAGCUCCUUUGGCCACCCCUACACGAUCCCUGAGUCCCUGCAGGUGCAGGAUGAUACCAGUGACGGGGAGAGCAUCUCAGACUGCCCACCCCUGCAGGAGUUGCUGCUCACGGCUGCCGAUGUCCUGGACCUGCGAUUGCCCGUGAAGCUGGUAGUGCUCGGCUCUUCCCAGGAGUCCAACAGCAAAGUCACAGCUGACGGGGUCAUCGCGCUGACUCGGGCCUUCCUGGCUGCUGGAGCACAGUGUGUCCUUGUGUCUCUGUGGCCUGUGCCAGUGGCUGCUUCCAAGAUGUUUAUCCAUGCCUUCUACUCAUCCCUGCUGAACGGCCUGAAAGCCAGCGCUGCCCUGGGGGAAGCCAUGAAGGCGGUGCAGAGCAGCAAGGCCUUCGCACACCCUUCCAACUGGGCAGGGUUCAUGCUCAUCGGGAGUGAUGUUAAGCUGAACAGUCCCUCUUCGCUCAUCGGCCAGGCCCUCACGGAGAUCCUGCAGCACCCGGAGCGCGUGCGGGAUGCCCUGCGAGUGCUGCUGCACCUGGUGGAGAAGUCCCUGCAACGCAUCCAGAAUGGGCAGCGCAACGCCAUGUACACAUCCCAGCAGAGCGUGGAGAACAAGGUGGGCGGCAUCCCCGGCUGGCAGGCGCUCCUCACUGCCGUGGGCUUCCGGCUGGACCCCCCGGCCAGCGGCCUGCCGGCGGCCGUCUUCUUCCCAACUUCUGACCCAGGCGAUCGGCUCCAGCAGUGCAGCAGCACCAUCCAGUCCCUGCUAGGUCUUCCCAACCCUGCCCUCCAAGCCCUCUGCAAACUCAUUACUGCAUCAGAGACGGGCGAGCAGCUCAUCAGCCGGGCUGUUAAAAAUAUGGUUGGAAUGCUCCACCAGGUGCUGGUUCAGCUCCAGGCCGGCGAGAAGGAGCAGGACUUUGCACAAGCUCCUGUCCAGGUCUCCAUCAGUGUCCAGCUGUGGCGGCUCCCGGGGUGUCACGAAUUCCUGGCAGCUCUUGGUUUUGAUCUCUGUGAAGUUGGUCAGGAGGAAGUAAUCCUGAAAACCGGGAAACAAGCCAACAGACGAACUGUGCACUUUGCGCUCCAGUCCCUGCUGUCUCUCUUUGAUUCUACCGAGCUACCCAAGCGCCUCAGCCUGGACAGCUCCUCCUCCCUGGAGUCUCUGGCAUCGGCGCAGUCUGUGUCCAAUGCCCUGCCCUUGGGCUACCAGCACCCUCCCUUCUCUCCCACUGGUGCUGACAGCAUCGCCUCAGACGCCAUCUCUGUGUACAGCCUAAGCUCCAUUGCCUCCUCAAUGAGCUUUGUCUCCAAGCCUGAGGGUGGGUCAGAAAGUGGAGGUCCCAGAGGACGGCAGGACUACGACCAGUCCAAGAACGCUUACCCACAGAGAUCCACCCUGCCUCGGAGCCAGCUGUCUCCCCCGACCCGCCCUGCCGGCAACAAAGAUGAAGAAGAAUAUGAAGGGUUUUCUAUUAUCAGUACUGAGCCUUUGGCGGCCUACCAAGAAAACAGAAAGAUGUGCUUCUCACCAGAUCCCAAACAGUGCAGCAUCGGGACAGCUGGAGGUGUGAAAGUUUCGGUAAGCUCCAAGGGGAGCAUAAGCACUCCGAAUUCUCCAGUUAAAAUGACUCUGAUUCCCAGCCCAAACUCACCUUUCCAAAAGGUUGGAAAACUAGCAAGUUCAGAUACAGGAGAAUCAGAUCAGUCUAGCACAGAAACAGAUAGUACCGUGAAAUCUCAAGAAGAAGGCAACCCAAAGCUUGAUCCACAAGAGUUAGCCCAGAAAAUUCUAGAGGAGACACAAAGUCACCUCAUUGCAGUGGAGCGUCUUCAGAGGAGCAGCAGUCAGGUGAGCAAGAGUAAUAGUAACCCAGAAGAUGGCAUUUCAGUGCCACAUAAUGCUGCCGUCUUCAGAGCGUCAGAAACAAGUGCGUUCAGCAGGCCUGCCCUCUCCCAUCAGAAGAGCCAGCCUUCGCCAGUUACUGUUAAACCAAAGCCCCCAGCCAGGAGCUCUUCCCUCCCCAAGGUGAGUUCAGGGUAUAGUAGCCCCACCACCUCGGAGGCAUCCAUCAAAGACAGCCCAAACCAGCACAGUGGCCAGCCAUCACCGAGCUCCGACUCUCAGACUUCCCUGGUGGACCAGCCUCUCUUUAAACUGAAGUAUCCCAGCUCUCCUUACAGUGCUCAUAUCUCCAAGUCACCACGGAACAUGUCCCCAAGCUCAGGCCAUCAGUCUCCUGCUGGUAGUGCACCAUCCCCAGCGCUCUCCUACUCCUCAGCCGGUUCUGCUCGUUCGAGUCCUGCAGAUGCUCCCGACAUAGACAGAUUGAAAAUGGCAGCCAUUGAUGAAAAAGUGCAGGCCGUCCACAACCUGAAGAUGUUCUGGCAGAGCACACCCCAGCACCCCACAGGACCAAUGAAAAUAUUCCGUGGGGCCCCUGGAACGAUGACUUCCAAAAGAGAUGUCCUCAGUCUACUAAACCUGUCACCUCGGCACAAGAAGGAGGAAGGAGUAGAUAAGCUUGAACUUAAGGAGCUGUCUUUGCAGCAACAUGAGGAAGCACCACGAAAAGCCCCUCCUAAUGGACACUGGCGCACCGAGACCACCACACUCAGCACGCUGCCACUGCCCAUCGGCACCCCCACAGCAGCUCCGCCACGCCCUUUGAGGCUUCCUUCUGGAAAUGGCUACAAGUUCCUGUCCCCUGGAAGAUUCUUUCCUUCAUCCAAAUGCUAAAGCACCUUUUAUACCCACUGACUCAGAUGCAGUAGCUGCAGACAGGGGUCUCGGUAUCCACGGCUGCCUAUUCCUUUGUCUAUGCACAGUCACUCCACACAGCUCACCAUGGGUGGGCUCUCUGGGUGAGGGGCACUACCACGCCCAAUGCUACCACACACGGAGGCACUUCUGGGCCAGAUUCACCAAAAGCCAGGACUUCUGUGGGGUUAGUACAGGAGGCUCAUGGAAUUUUACACACUACACCAAAUGUUUACCUUUCAACUCCCUGCUUCUCAUUUUUGAUGUGAUUCUUCAAUAGGAUUUUGUACAAAAAUGGUCAUGGUUCUGGGGUGGGGAGUAGAAAGGGAGCACAUAUUUUGCUAAGAGGUAUAUAUGCAGUACCUUUUCUAUCCAGAAACCCAAACAGAGCUUUUUUAAGGCUUUCAGGUGCUGGUUGGGGGUGGGAUAUAUAAAAUCUCUCUAAGUUGAAUUCUACAUGAAAGUGAUAUAUUAGCCAAAAAGAGAAUAAUGAUUUUUAAAAAUGCCAAUGAUCUGUAAUUAAAUUGUAGCAAUUUUGGUCUCACAAUCUAACAUCACAGCAACAAUGCAAUAAUUCAUGUUGAGUCAGCGUUUCCAUCCUGAACUCUGCUCUACUGAGCUCUGCAAAUGUCCUUUGGGCCCCACUGUCAACCAAACUUGAAUUUUCUUACAAAUUUAUGUAAGUCUUACCCAGGCAGUUUAGAACUAUGCAAUUGUGAUUUAAAAUGCAACUUUGUGCUUUUAAAACAUUAUUGACCUUUUUUGUACAUGGAUGAACAACUUGGUUUUAUUAUCAAUAGUACUUUGCAUUUAUAGCUAUUAUUUUUAAAAGCUCAAAAAGUUUUUUAAAAUGUCAAAUUUUGAAUAGUCAUCAAUAAGUAAUUAUCAAGUUUGGGGGGAAAUGUUGAAAUAAUUCAGUUCCCUUAUAAGCUUUAAAAAAAAAAAAAAAGUUCCCAUGGCUAACUAGAUUUAACCAGAAUCUAGACUUCCAGCUCCUAUUCCCUUUUAUUAGCUGUUUAACUUUAUUCUCUUUUUCAACUCCAAGCCCUUAAAUCUUCUACCUAAAUCCACUGCCAGGUUCCCACAAUCCUAGCCCCCAACAGUGUGAGCUGCGGCCAGACCCUCUUUGCUGUAGCUGGCCGCCUUCAUUCCUGCUUUUUCAAGAACAAGCCCCUCCCCUGGCACAGAAGACAGUGUCCAUAUCCUGAAAAGCAGGGGGCCUUUUGCUGAGAUAUACAUCCAAAUUAUUGCUAAACAAGGAAAUUUAUCAUAGAAAGCGAAAGUGGACUUUUCCUAUAGCUACGCCAGCAUAUAGCACUUAAAUUAUUGCCAGCUGGGGCGAGACAAGGGAAUAAUCUAGUUAGGGGUAACCAUUAAUUUAUUUUAAUAAGAAACUGAAAUGCUGAAAAUCAUAUCACUAAGUCUAGUUGGAGAAUUUAAACAAGUAUCUUUUAGAUCAUUAUAAAAUUGAAAUCCUACUAUCCUCACUGUGAGGGUACAGCACACAAAGGUGGACAGCCACCUGGCCCAGGACACCAGCAACACAUGGAGUGGACCUAAGGGGCCUGGCAGGAGGGGCGGUACCGUCAAGCCCCCCAGGUGGAGUUUACCCUGGGUAGGAUCUCACUUUGUCAGCAUGCACCGACUACUUCACCUGCCUCGGAACAGAAGAAAGGACAAUUUUUACCCAAUUUGUGUUUUUCUCCUGAUCUACGUCAUAGCGGUUUUUAUGUUUAACCCAACAGCCAUGUUGACAAAAGCAAACAAUACGGAUGUCACAUUCUAACCCUGAACCCAACACUGGAAGAGAAAUAUUUUAUAAAAAAGCAGGCAAUUAUGAGGAUGUUUUUAUAUUAGUAGGGAAAAAUGGUCAUAAAAGUACUAGUGUAGCAAAUGAAAGCCAAAUUUAUAGCACUGUGCAUUUAGGUAGCAAAAUCAGGUCCUCAACAACAAAAAAUAAACCUCAAAUUUCUAAUCUAUAUGUGGAUGGCUAGGCUGUCCCUUUCUCAACAAAUCUCUCAGCCUCUUUCCCAAGUGCCAAGGAGCCCUGCAGUAAAGGCCUGGGGUCUGUGCUCUCCAUCCGUGAGGAUGAGGCUGUGGCCCUGUGUGCCUGUCACUAGCAUACACCUUCCACCACCCGGACCUCGUCCGUGGUUUUCAAGCCAGCUAGGAGGACUCGUGGACUCUAACCUGCUGUUAGUACCAAGUACAUUCUUGUUUUAAGUUUCAUAUUGAAGAGCCAAAUGGUAUAUGUGAUUUUUUUUGUCCUAGAUAUGUUUUAAUGAAGAGAAAACAAAGGUGAUAAAAUGAUAGGACCAAUCUAAAGAUCACUGUAGAGUCACGGCUUCAUGUUUACUGUCAGUCUUUGUGUUUAUAUAUAAGUGAAAUGGACAUAAAAUCAAAGUGAAUUUUUCAGGCUAUCCUGAAAAAAUUAUGCACUCAAAAUUAUGGGUGACUGAAUAAUUCACAAAGAUGUCUUUGUAGAUUGGGGUUGGCAACUAUGACCCACAGGCUAAAUCUGGUCAGCUAUCUGGUUUUUUAUGGCCAUGAGCUAAGAAUGGAUUUUACCUUUUUAAACAGUUGUGUAAGAACUUACAAAUAAUCUUGAUUUUGCCUCUUGGCCUACAAAGCCUAAAAUAUCUAAUAUGCGGCCUUUUAGGAAAAACUUUUCUGACUCUUGGUAUGCAUGACAGCAAACACUAUUGGAAUAAUGCUGUGUUUCUACAGAGUAGAGUGUCAGGUAGUGGGUAAGACUGCCUGGUGUGCACAGGAGCCCUGAGCAAGUGACAGCCAUGCGGAUAUGAGCAAAUGACUCCUGAGUAGCCCUUUGCUCUUCACUCCACUUGGAAGGAGUCAAUGGAUGUGAGUAGAAUUUAGGAAAAUAUUUUUUGCUUACCACGUGCAGAUGGCAUUGGACGGAUUUCUUUAUAGCUCAGGAAACUGGAAUGCCCUGCCGACUCUACUACAUCACUGAAGACAAGCAAUAAAACCUCCCCUCUUAAGAAACCUUGGCCCAACCACAAAGCAGGUAGUAGACUCUAACUUAAUUUUCACCAGUAAACUACUUAGAUACUUUGAUGAUUUUUAACUAAGUCAGAAUACCAAGAGAAAACUAGCUACUAACACUUACAUUCUGAUCGACAUCGGUGUGCAGCAAAAUGAUGGUUCUCACCUCCAACCCACUUUUUAAAUAUUCACGGUCCGCACUGAUAACUUGCUGGGUUUCAGCAGGACGCAGAUGCCACCCACAAGGUCCUGACUCUGCUGUCAUCAUGUGAGCAUUGCAGCAAAUCCCUAGUCCCUGCUGUCCACUGUCUCCCAGCCACGCACACUUGCACAACCACAAGAAAACUGUAGCUCUGUUAGUUUCAGUUCAGGUUGGAAAAAUACCAUGCAAUAAUCUGGCUUGUUUUCAGUAAGUGGGAAAAAAGUGAAAAUUGUAUAAUUUUCAUCACAUAUUUUGUUGUUUUAUCUAAAAUGAUUGUACAUGUGUUUUGUGAACUGGGCCCAUUUGUGCCAGAUUCUUCGAAGAUGUUCCACGUCAGAAACACCUGUGGUCCCCUCUUCCCUCCUCAGAUGACUUCCUCACUUGGCAUUCACGCUCCUUAUAUGCAGUGUUAGCCAUCUUUGGCCUACGUGGACUGUUUUUGUAAAUUACACAGUUUCCAGACAGCAUUAAACUUUUUAUAUUACAAAAUUUACCGUGUAAAAAGAACUUCAUAUUUUUAUUGAGAUUGCUAAGGCACUUGGCCUUCCUUUGUGAUUUCAGUGUCUAUUAAAGCAUGAGUUCCCUCGGUUUUAA